AUAUAUAUAUAUAUAUAUAUAUAUACAUGUAUCCUAUUGAGUAUAUAACAAACACAUCUAACGAUGUUACAGAAUACAAAAAUUACAUGAACCGGAAGAGGUGGAUGUAUCUCGACGAGUAGAUUAUAUACAUCUGUUGGACUAACUGGAGGAUAUAAUUUACGACCAUAGUUUUUCAUCAAACGAAAAGAAGACAGUAUGUGUUGAAUGUAGACUAAAACCAACUGCUUAUGUGCCGUUGUGUUAACCAGCCAUUCAGUAAUUACUAAAUUAAUCAUAGUUUUUCAUUGGAAAGUAGGAACACGCAGAAAGUGAUAAAUAAGCUUCUAGAAGACCUGUUUGUAAUAUGUAUUUGUUGGUUUAAUAUACCUUUGUAAUUGUUGUAAAGGAAAUAUGAUCUUGAUCUGUGCUGUCUUCAAUGGAAAUAACAAAUAUAUAUAAUAGUCCAAAGCUGGUUUUUGUAAUGGAUAAAAAGGAAGUUUGGAUUCAUAAUCUGUUUCAGAGUUAAAAUGCUCCUCCAUCUAAUUGUUUUUCUUUUGGCAUUUCUGCCAAAUUUAAGAUGUAUAUCUAAUAAUAUACUACGGCUGAACAUACCAAGACUACCUAAGCUCGAUCCCAAUACGGUGUGCAAGACAUACCCAGACUUAUCUGAAAAACAGUACGAUUUAUGCCGAACCUAUCCGGAUGUUACAGCUUCGGCUAUUCAAGGAGUACAAAUAGCUAUCCAUGAAUGUCAAUUUCAGCUGACUGAGUACCGAUGGAAUUGUUCAUCUCUCGAAAGAAAAAAUAAAAAUCCUCAUUCUAGUCCUCUCUUAUCUAAAGGGUUUAAAGAAACAUCGUUUGCCUAUGCUAUAUCUGCCGCAGGAGUGACACAUCAAGUAUCUAAAGCCUGUAGUAUGGGCAAAUUAAAAUCAUGCGGCUGUGAUAUGAGUGUUUACGGAAAUGACAAAAACUUUGAAUGGGGUGGAUGUAGUCAUAAUAUAGAAUUUGGCUCCAGAUAUGCAAGAAGAUUUAUGGAUUCCAAAGAAGUCGCUAAAGAUAUUCAUUCACAAAUUAACCUACAUAAUAACCGGGCAGGGCGGUUGGCCGUGAUUCGUCACGUAAAGAAACUGUGUAAAUGUCAUGGGAUGUCCGGAAGUUGUGAAUUAAAGACGUGCUGGAAAGCUGCACCUGAUUUCCGGGCUGUAGGUGCUAUUUUAAAACGAAAAUAUGAGGCGGCGACACAGGUACAGGUUGAUAUCUCUAACAGCGCCAAUGCCAAGUUAAUAAAACGCAACGGACGUCGUCCAAAACAUUUAGAACUGUUAUUUUACGAAAAAUCGCCUAACUUCUGUGACCCAAAUCCUGUGGUCGACUCUCCUGGUACUACGGGAAGGCUGUGUAAUAAAACUAGUAUAGGAAUUGAUAAUUGUGAAACGCUGUGUUGUGGUAGAGGCUAUAAUACGUUACGAGUAAAAAGAACAGAACGAUGUGAGUGUAAAUUUUAUUGGUGUUGUUACGUUAUGUGUAAAACUUGUAGCUAUGAUGAAUGGGUGACCGUUUGUAAAUAGAUACGGUUGUAGUGGAGCUAUCCAUACAUAAAUACACUUGUGUUAAUCACAGACAAUACACUUAAACUGCUGCUAUAUUGUUUUGGUAGUGACGUCUUUAAUGUUUAAUAAAAUUUCAAACCAGUCGCCAAUCCAUUUCUUCGGCUGUUUGUAGAAACAUGUUUCAACUAUAAAAGGGUGUGCGUGGCAAUGGGUGUGAUCCACAAUCUCAAAUAUGUUUGCUAAUAAAAGUUGAACCCACUUCUCUAAAUGACAAAAUCUUGAAUGACCACACUGCAGUUACGGGCACGUGCAUUUGCUCCAGCAGAUAUUCGCCCAAAUAUAUGGAGGCAUCUGUAUUUGUUGGUAUCGUGCCAACUUUUAACUUGUAUUUAAGUUUUGAUAGUGAGCAACAUUUUCACACGUCUAAUUCUAAUAAUUGUUACACAAGUGUGAGAAAUCCUCUGAUUUAUAACUUUAACUGAUAGAUGAUCGCUAUUCAGGAGGCGACCACCAUCACGACCGGUGGUAUUAUUUAUAUUACGUUAUUCUUGUAAUUCAGUAUUAUUACAGGUCCGGGACUAUCCAGCGCAGUGGACGCUUAUGUUGAUAGAAUGACCCGUGUAUUCAAAGUUUUUCUAGUUUUAAAAUUGUGAACAACAUCGAAUGCCAUAUAGUCUAAUAAAAAUGCAUUUUUUUGAUUUUGUAAACAAUAUAUAGUAUCCA